AUGAUUGGCAUUGCCAGAAAAAUUCUUGAUGCCAUGCUACUCAACACGAAAGCUAAGGAACUUUCUCAUGAAAUGUUGUGUACAUUUAUGUGUGAAGUUACAGCAAUUAUGAAUUCAAGACCGAUUUGUUCCAUCUCUACAGAUUCAGAAGAUCAUAUUAUUGUCAGUCCGUCAUUGCUUUUGACGCAGAAAAAUUUCAACACCGAUGUGAUACCUGUCGACUCCACAAGCCUAAAGGACAUUUAUACAGCACAAUGGAAGCAUGUUCAGCAGCUUUCAAACACGUUUUGGAAACGUUGGAAGGAAAGAUACAUUCAAAAUCUACAAAUCCGUCGAAAGUGGCAGAACGUUAAACCUGAUCUGAAACCAGAUGAUGUAGUCCUUCUACGUGACAAAUCCUUGUAUCGCGGACAAUGGCCUGUUGGUCUUGUGAAUCGUGUAUUUCCGAGUGACAGUGAUGGCAAAGUUCGGACAGUUGAAAUCCGUGUGAUCAAAGAUAACAAACCUGUUUAUUAUGUGAGACCCAUAACUGAGGUUGUGUUAUUGAUUGAAUAG